AUGCUUUUCAUCAAAGGUAAUCGAGAACAAGGCAAUGGUGUAUCUAUCGUUCUUGCUAACAGAGCUCAGGCCAGGACGACUCUGGAAAAGCUGCCAUUGUUCACGGAAAAGGCUUACAUUAAUGGCAAAUGGACGGAGGCCACAUCGAGAAAAUCAUUUGAUAUCUUUGGGGCAGAUAAGUACUCUCAUGAGAAGAUCGGUUCAUGUCCUGAAAUGGGCGAAGAAGAUGUGGUCUCGGCAAUAUCUUCAGCGCAGCGUGCUUUCAAGUCUUUUCAGCACACUCAUCCAAAGGCUCGAGCGAAGCUUCUUCGCAAGUGGUACAACCUGAUGAUGCAAUAUCGGAAUGAACUUGCCACGAUACUCAUGUACGAGAACGGACGGCCUCUGUCUGGUGCACUACAAGAGAUCGACUACGCGGCAGCAUUCUUGGAUUGGUUCGCCGGCGAGGCUGAGAGAUCGUACGGCUAUUCAGCGCAGGGCUCGAUCCCCGGGAAUAGGUUCGUCACUGUUGCCCAGCCGGUGGGUGUGGUCGGCAUAUUGACACCUUGGAACUUUCCUUCUGCCAUGAUAACUCGCAAGAUAGCGGGAGCGAUCGCUGCCGGAUGUUCAGUGGUGAUCAAACCAGCGGCUGAAACUCCGUACUCGGCUCUGGCAUUGGCGAAAUUGGCCGAACAGGCAGGCUUGCCUGAGGGUGUCAUGAACAUUGUGACCACGAACAAGAAUGUCUCCUCCGUGGGCAAGGUCAUGACCACGCAUGAUGACGUCAAGAAGAUAUCGUUUACUGGCUCUACUGGGGUAGGAAAACUGUUGAUGCAGCAAGCCAGUUCCACAUUGAAGAAGUGCUCGUUCGAACUUGGUGGCAAUGCACCUUACAUCGUGUUCGAUGACGCGGACCUGUCAUUGGUGAUGCAAGGCUUGCUUGCAGGCAAGUUUCGAGGAUCUGGGCAAACCUGCGUCUCACCGAACAGGAUCUACGUCCAAGCCGGCAUCUAUGACAAGUUCAUCGAUACUUUCAAAAAGGAAACCCAAGCUCAAAUACGACCUGGACCUCUGGAGAAUGCGGAUACCACCCUGGGCUGUCUGAUCACACCCAAAGCCGUAUCCAAACUCACCAACUUGGUUGCGGAUGCCCAAUCCAAAGGAGCAAAGGUCGUCCUGGGUGGAGAGAGAGCACCGGAUGCGGCAGAAACCUUCUACCCGGCCACCAUUCUGAAGGACAUGACGUCCAAUAUGGAAGCUAGUAACACCGAGCUUUUUGGGCCUGUAGCGACCAUCUAUAGGUUUGAAGCAGAGGCGGAGGUCAUCGAGGCAGCCAAUCGUUCUCCAGUCGGUCUGGCAGGAUAUGUCUAUACACAAGACGUUGCGCGUGCGUGGAGGACGGCCGAGGCGCUAGAAGUCGGUAUGACGGGGAUCAACACGGGCAUAGUCUCAGAUCCCUACGCCCCGUUCGGAGGAAUCAAGCAGUCUGGGUUUGGCCGUGAAGGAGGACGACAUGGGAUUGAAGAGUUCCAAAUUCAAAAGACCAUCACGAUGGGUGGUCUGGGAAUGCCUUUGACACCAUUGUAA